GAACAAUCUAGGAUGAGAAGAUUUAGACUUGUCUUAUUAAUUAAACAGGUUUUCUGGAGGAAGUCAGUUCAUUUAUUUAUUUAUUUAUUUAUUUAUUGAGUGUAGAUGGUUUUUAUUAGCUGCUGAUAGAGACAUUAUUGUAGUUAGGAUGGAGAUGAGGGUCAUGGCUGGUCCUUUUGCUUUUCUUUUUUUCUUUUUCUUUUCUCAGUUGAGUAGGUGAGGUGGGAAAGAGAGAAGAUAUAUGUAUGUUAAUUGAAAAAAUAAUAAAAUAUAAUUUUAAAAGAAUACAAGGGGGUGAUUUUUUUUAAUCUGCUGUGAGAGUUUCCUUCCCUCCACUUUGCUUCUUUGCCAAUCAUUUUCAUUUGUUUUGUCUGGAUCAGGAGGAGGAAGACAAGUCUCCUGUAUACCAUCGUACAAUGCUCACUGCAUCCAUCCCCAAUGACACUGCCUUUCAUCCAUCUACCUUCAUCCUGUUGGGCAUCCCAGGCAUGCAGGACCUCCACAUCUGGAUCUCCAUCCCAUUUUUCUCCAUGUAUAUCCUUGCCCUUGCAGGUAAUGGCACCAUCCUUUUUAUCAUUAUGACAGACAAGGCUCUACAUGAGCCCAUGUACCUCUUCCUCUGCUUGCUCUCCAUCACAGACCUGGUUCUCUGUUCUACCACCCUGCCCAAGAUGCUGGCCAUCUUCUGGCUUGAUGCCCACAGCAUCUCCUUUCAUGGCUGCCUGACUCAGAUGUUUUUUGUCCAUGCUGUCUUUGCCACCGAGUCAGCUAUCCUGUUGGCCAUGGCUUUUGACCGCUAUGUAGCUAUCUGUCGCCCUCUGCACUACACAUCCAUUCUCAAUGCUGCUGUCAUUGGGAAGAUUGGGGCAGCAUGCGUCGCCCGGGGGCUUCUCUUUGUCUUCCCUUUUAUUAUUCUCAUUAAGCGCCUCCCUUUUUGUGGGCGCCACAUCCUUGCCCAUACUUACUGUGAACACAUGGGCAUUGCCAAGUUAGCCUGCACCAGCAUUAAGCCCAACACUAUCUAUGGCCUCACUGUGGCACUGUCAGUCACAGGAAUGGAUGUGGUGCUCAUUGCGACUUCCUAUGUUCUCAUUCUCCGUGCUGUGCUGCGCCUGCCUUCCCAAGAUGCCCAGCUUCGAGCAUUCAGCACCUGUGGAGCCCACAUUUGUGUCAUUCUUGUCUUCUAUAUCCCUGCCUUCUUCUCCUUUUUUACCCACCGCUUUGGCCAUCACGUGCCCCCACAGGCACACAUCAUUCUUGCCAACCUCUACCUCCUUGUGCCCCCUGUUCUUAACCCACUAGUGUAUGGUAUCAAUACCAAGCAGAUCCGCACUCGGAUCCUGGGACUGAGUCUGCGGAGAAGGUAG